AGCAGCGCACACUCGGUGUAGAGCGGAGCGGAUGGGGCAUGUGUGCGGUUGGGGGCGGGGGGGCUUUUUAUUACUGUGAAACUUAGGAGGAACAGACAAAUAUUGUUAAAAUAAUUGAACAAAAAUCCCUCGUGAGUCCAUAACCUGCCCCUAGGGUUUGACUUUCUCCGGGAAAGGGCUUUUCUGCACUCACUAUUCUCACACUUUUUUUAAUUUUUUUAUUUUCAGGGGUGGAAAAAAAAGAAUGUGUGAGACACAGUUAGCGAGCUAAUGCUAAGCUAACUAGCUAGCCGGGAGAAGCGGCGGGAGAACAAAAGAAUAUUUUUGUGUUUUGUUUUAAAAAGGGGUAGUGGGGGGUGAGGGGGGACCGGUUGUACCGAGAACCGAGCCCAUGCAGGACGUGUCGGUACCAGCACCAUGCCCGUGUUACUCUUUCUGAUAGACACGUCCGCCUCCAUGAACCAGCGCACCCAUCUGGGCACGAGCUACCUGGACAUAGCGAAGGGCGCGGUAGAGACGUUCAUGAAGCUCCGGGGCAGGGACCCGGCCAGCCGAGGGGACCGGUACAUGUUGGUCAAUUAUGAGGACGUUCCGUUCGGGAUCAAGGCCGGGUGGAAGGAGAGCCACGCCACCUUCAUGACGGAGCUCAGGAACCUGCAGGCAGCAGGACUCACCUCCAUCGGCACGUCGCUGAGGACGGCCUUCGAUCUGCUCAACCUCAACAGGCUGGUGACCGGCAUCGACAACUAUGGACAGGGAAGGAAUCCCUUUUUCCUCGAACCCGCCAUCAUAAUCGCCAUCACCGACGGCAACAAGUUGACCAGCGGCGGCGGAGUCCAGGACGAGCUCCACCUUCCUCUGACCACGCCUCUGCCGGGGAGCGAGCUGACCAAGGAGCCGUUCCGAUGGGACCAGCGCCUGUUCGCUCUGGUUCUGCGUAUCGCCGGCAACGCCUCUGUGGAGCCGGAGCCCCUCGGGGGCGUCCCGCCGGACGACUCCCCCAUCACCCCCAUGUGCGAGGUCACCGGAGGACGUUCUUACAGCGUGUUCUCUCAGCGGAUGUUGAAUCAGUGUCUGGAGUCUCUGGUGCAGAAGAUCCAGAGUGGAGUGGUCAUCAACUUUGAGAAGACCGGACCCGAUCCUCCUCCUCUGGAGGACGCUCCGGCCGAGGUGCUGAAGUCCGGUCUGCAGACUUGGCACUGUUGCCACAAGCUGAUCUACGUGCGGCCCAACCCCAAAACCGGCGUCCCCAUCGGCCACUGGCCGAUCCCCGAGGCCUUCUGGCCGGACCAGAACUCCCCCACGCUGCCCCCCCGCUCGGCCCACCCACACGUCCGGUUCUCCUGCCUGGACUCGGAGCCGAUGGUCAUCGACAAGGUUCCCUUCGACAAAUACGAGCUGGAGCCGUCGCCUCUCACGCAGUUCAUCCUGGAGAGGAAGUCCCCGCACACCUGCUGGCAGGUGUUUGUGUGUAACAGUGCCAAGUACAGUGAUCUGGGUCAGCCCUUCGGCUACUUGAAGGCCAGCACGGCUCUGAACUGCGUCAACCUGUUCGUGAUGCCCUACAAUUACCCCGUUCUCCUGCCGCUGCUGGACGACCUGAUCAAAGUGCACAAGUUCAAGCCGACCAUCAAGUGGCGCCAGUCCUUUGAGAACUACCUGAAGACGAUGCCUCCGUAUUACAUCGGGUCGCUGAGGAAAGCUCUGAGGAUCAUGGGGGCGCCGAACCUGCUGGCCGACAACAUGGAGUACGGCCUGAGCUACAGCGUGGUCUCCUACCUGAAGAAGCUCAGCCAGCAGUCUAAGAUGGAGUACGACCGGCUGAUCACGUUGAUCGGCACGAAGCAGCCGCCGGAGGCCGGCAUCAAGGUGCGCUGGCGAGGAGGGGGCGUGUCCCUGGCCCAGAGGAGGGACUUCAUCCAGCAGCUGCUGAGCCUGUCUGCAGACGCUCAGGCUCCGCCCAUGGAGCUCAACCCCAAAGAGUUCCAGGGCUUCCAGCUGGCGCUGCCCAACAAGGCCCUGAAGCCUCAGAGCUUCAGGAAUCCUUACGACAUCCCUCGCAGUCAGUUGCUGGACCAGCUGAGUCGGAUGAGGAGGAACCUGCUGAACACGGGCGUCUGUACGCUCAGAGGACAGGACUCAGACCAGCUCCACAGCGUGCCCAUCGCCCAGAUGGGGAACUACCAGGACUUCCUGAAAGCCGCUCCUCAGCCGCUCCGGGACGCCGACCCCGAGCAGCCCAAACGCCUGCACACGUUCGGCAACCCCUUCAAGCUUGACAAGAAGGGCAUGAUGAUCGACGAGGCGGACGAGUUCGUGACGGGCCCUCAGAACAAGGGGAAGAGGCCCGGAGACAGCAGCAACAUGACGGGGGGCGGACCCAAGAGGCGGCGCUGCAUGUCUCCUCUGGUGCGCCUGGGACGGGCCUACACCCCCCCAGUGACGCCGCCCGCCAGCCCCCGACCAGCAGACAUGGACAUGCCUGACGAAGCAGCUGAACCAGACCUGAUCCUGAACCACCUGAACCAGAACCACUACCCCUCAUACGGGGGCUCGGACUCAGAGGCGGAGCUUGACUCGCUGCCCGCCGACCACCAGGAGAACCACGUGGACCCCGAGGACCUCGGGCACGGCAGAGAGGAUGAGGAGGAGGAGGAGCAGCAGCAGCAGCAGGAGGAGGAGGAGGAGGAGGAGGAAGAUGAACAGCAGCAGGAGGAGGAGGAGCAGCAGCAGGAGAAAGAGGAGCAGGAGAAAGAGGAACGCCAAGCGGCGUCUGUGUCGGGCAGCGAGGACGAAGUGGAGCUUUUGCUGCUGGACGACCUGCCGGCUCGCUUCCUGUCGCCGGCGGCGCUGAAGAAACACAUUCACGAAGAAACGACGAAGGUCAACAACGAGCUGAGGACGCUCAUCACCAAGGAGAUCAGGAAGCCCGGCAGAUACUACGAGAAGAUCUUCCUCCUCCUGAAGCAGAUCCAGGGCACUCUGGAUACCCAACUCAUCUUCCUCCAGAACAUCAUCAAAGAGGCCGCCAGAUUUAAGAAGCGCGUUCUCAUCGAGCAGCUGGAGAACGUCCUGGAGGAGAUCCACAACAGGUCCAUCAACAUGAACCACGUGGACUCGCUCUGAGACCCCCCCACGGAGACGAGGCGUUACUGAUGGUGGUCCGCACACCGUUUAGAGGAGGUUUGUGUUCUCUGAUCUGAGGACGCGUUUCCUCUCCCUUGGAUUUCUUUACAAAGAUCAAAGUGUGUCACGCGAGGCGUCCGUCUGGUUUCUACACUCCACGAACCGAAGGCCAACGAGAUCGAGUCGUAACCCGAUAAUAAACGUUUUGUGAUCUUUGGUUCAAACGAACAGCUCAGGGACUCACAACUUCACACUCAGCAAUAAAGUUCUACUUUUACCUUCAUCCUCAGAGUCCACGUGUAAUAACAACACAUCCACGUGUAAUAACCAACAUGUGUAAUACCAACAUGUCACAUGUCGCGACAUGUAAUAACUGACAUGUCCCAGCGUGUAAUAACCAACACGUGUAAUACCAACAUGUCACAUGUUGGUAUUACACGUGUAAUAACCAACAUGUCCCAGCGUGUAAUAACCAACACGUGUAAUACCAACAUGUCACAUGUUGGUAUUACACGUGUAAUAACCAACAUGUCCCAGCGUGUAAUAACCAACACGUGUAAUACCAACAUGUCACAUGUUGGUAUUACACGUGUAAUAACCAACAUGUCACAUGUUGGUAUUACACGUGUAAUAACCAACAUGUCCCAGCGUGUAAUAACCAACACGUGUAAUACCAACAUGUCACAUGUCCCGACAUGUAAUAACCAACAUGUCACAUGUCCCGACAUGUAAUAACCAACAUGUCACAUGUCCUGACAUGUAAUAACCAACAUGUCACAUGUCCUGACAUGUAAUAACCAACAUGUCACAUGUCCUGACAUGUAAUAACCAACAUGUCCCGACGUGUAAUAACCACCAUGUCUCCACAUGUUCCUGCUUAUCUCAUCGCGUCCUGACAUGUUGCCAAAACCUCUCCACCCCCACACCGUGAAUCUCAACCCAAUGGCUCGUCACGUAACCGUGAAUGCACUUGUGUACAUUUGAGAAUGUUUAUUUAAUUUAAUAAUAAAAAAUAAAGAAAAAAAAGUUUUCGUU